AGUUUCGGUUUACUAGGCUGUUUUGGGAAAUAUCUUGGGGACUACCAUCACAAACUGGUUGUCAACCUCAUGGUGAUGAAUUGAGACUGAAUGAGUAACGGUAGAUUUGACACACAUGAUACUGACGAAAUCGGAUAUGUAGCGAAGGCCACACCACGGCUCGACAUGGGAAAUGGUAACUCGAUGUUUUACGUCUUCGCUGAUCACGUCAGAGUUUCCGAAGGCGCGACGAAUAUCCUCAGUGCGAUUCAGGAUUUAAUGUGCGUGCAAUUCGUACACAGUUUUGUGUACAUUCCAAAGGCUUCGAAGUUUCUGGAACUUCUACAAGAGUAUUUCCUUAAACUCUUUCCCGCCAAAGGGUCAAAGUCCAGAGCCACCCGUGUUGGAAAGCAGCAACGGCAAGUACAAAGGGUCAUUGCGGCCUUGUCUAAUCAUCGAUUGCACAAUGAGGCAGAUCCGUUACACUAAGAUCUCUAUGAAAUGCGAUAAUAAAACAAGUUUUCACACAUAAUAAUAUUCUGCAUUUUUUAUUCGUUUUUUGAAAAGAAAUAUAAAAACUAUUCCUGUACGAGUUCUGCGUGCAUUGAAAUGCAUCAGACGACAAACAAUCGCAACAGCUUGUUUUCGA